AUGAGUAGCCCCAAAAACGCCUUUAACACGAGCGGCACGGAGCUGCCUCAGGGGGAAAGUAGUCCCGCCGUCAGGUCGCUACCGGGCCCCGCCUGGCGACCGUCUCAGCCCCCGUCCCGGGUCGCCGGCUGGGGCCGCAGUCCGGGAACCCAGGAGGCGCACGACAGACUCCGGCUGCGCAUCCGGGGCUCCCCUGGUAGCUGCGCGGGGCGGGGCAGGCGUCCCGGGAGCUUGGUCCCUGGCUCCGGCUGGGUUUCGGCCGGGAGACCAGGGCGCAGCUUGCUCGCCAACGUCGGGCGCCUCCUGCACCUCCGCCUGGGGCGCAUCCCCCGCUGCGCCCCGGGAGCGCCCCCAGAAGCCGCGCGGCUGCCCGUCACGUCUCUCGGCCCCCCCGGUCACCCCCAGUACUCCAGCGGCUGGGCCCCCGGCGGCUCAGAGCCCCCAGGCUCCUCAGGGAAGGCCCAUAGGGUCCCCGCCGAGCACAAGCCGUCGCAAUUAGACAGGGAAAUCCUGCUGUGGACCGGGCGUUUCACAAAGAUGGAGGAGAUCCCGCCUCGGACUCCGCCAGAAACGAUAGAUGCUGCAAGAAACAAAGCGCGAGUGAAAGCUUGUUACAUAAUGAUCGGACUCACAAUCAUCGCCUGCUUUGCAGUGAUAGCGUCAGCCAAAAGGAUUCUUUCAUCUGCUGAUCACUUUUUGCCAUGAAGAGCAGCCCCACAAAUAUUGGGAGAUACCUGAUACUCCUCUGACUUUGUAUGUUCUUCAGUCUGAGGACCUAUAGCUUUCCUCACUUCUGAAAAAGUCUAAGCUGUUAUCACUUCAAAUAUGGCCUCUUUCCCCAUUCUGACUAUUCUUCCC